CACUACAAAUUCCCGCACGCGCACGCGUCAUCGCUCUUCGCACAAACAAAUUCGCCUCCUGUCGUGAUGCGAUGUCCAUCGUCCGACUUGGAUAUCGUCAUUGCGUCGCGCGCGAGAUGCUCCUGAAUAGCGAGUGGAGAAAUCCUGCGUCGUGCGCGAGGGAUUUCGCUAUGGCUGAGCCGCCAGCUUGUGCUCACUGUCGAAGAACGGGUGCGUUCUGGACGGCUCUUGCGUUGCUUCGCGUACCUCAGCGAACGAGCGUCGGGUCGUCCGUGUAUUGUACCACCCAUCUAUUCUUGUAGUGGCGGUCUGUCUAAUCCAGUACACACACCAAGCGCCGGUCCAGACCCGGACCUGUCACCGGAGGCGUCUCUGCAAUGAUCAGCGUUCGCCUCUUUCGGUCAUCCACGCAUCAAGCCUCUCCUCCGACUCCGACUGCCACCAGUUGCAUCGACAUGCAUUCAAUCCGAAAUCCACGCAAACCAUCAUCGGACCCUCCUAAGGUGCCACCGACUGACCCACCUUUGGCCUCUGCAGCCCCCGCCACCUGCGCAGGAGCCAAUCAAAAAGCUUCCGUUCUGCGUAACCAUAACACAGGAUCGCACUUUAGCACCUGUGGGCGCGGGCCAGACUCUCGAGAGCCGUCGAGCCCACGUCGAUCGCGGGACCGUGUUAGCUUAUCUCAAUGGAAGCGUCGUCAUCCCGAUCGCGCGCAUAUAUGCGUGAGGGUCUGGAUCCGGAGCGUGCGGGGUUGCAUGGGAAGUUGCGAGAUCAAGUGGUGGUGGGAGUGGGAGCACUUGGUCAUGAUGCAUGAUGAGUGCGAGGGCGACGUUGGCACGGAUACUUGCCAGUUCUUGAGCUUCAAUACCCGCGGGUAGCGAAGGCUUGCGAGACUGGCAUCUAGCUCUCCAACGGCGCACAUCCAAGCAUGCAGGCUAUCAGAAGUCGGGUAUCGAAGUACAGGUCGCCGACCCAUUGCAC